AUGCUGGAUUUGGUCCGUAAAGCACUACAGUCUCUACCCUUUGACCUCUCCUUAACCGGAGUCUCUUCUUGGCUAAACCGGACCUCUUCGCUCAACAGUCGUAAAGAGGUCCUAAGGACAAAUCGGUCCAAGGUAGUCUCGCCGCCUCCAGCACCAUUGUCUUCGUCCUUAUCUCUAGACUCCGACGCGAAGCAUUCUGCGAACAAGAAAGGAAUCAUCCAUAAUGCUGCAAUCGAGGAGACCAAUACUUUACAAUCUCCUCCCGAUUAUCUCGUCCGCCUGCUUGUCCAUCUCCGGCUUCAUCAGAUCCAAGUUAUGAUGCUGUUGCACAACUAUCGCCGCGACCACGGCUUUUCGCUGGAGGCUAAAACACACACCGUCUUUGCUAAGGCUACUGAUCAUUUGCGUGCCAGCCUCGCCUGGCUCACACAAUCAAUUAUCGCAGCUCCAGGCCGCUCAACUGAGUCUGGAAGCAAAUUAUGUAAUGUCAAUCUGACUGCCCCAGUGCAUGCGAGCCGCAGUUGGACCGGUUUCCCUGUGAUGCCAAUCCAGGAUGCUGUACUCAUGUUGACGCUUGUGUCUCGUCUCCUCUGUCUUCAUUCUCUCAAUAGGAACAUUUUAUCGGUCGGCAGGUUACAAUUCAUUCUUUGCGACACUCUCCACGCUACUUGGCCUCUGGAUUCUCUCAUUGGCCACAUUAAUGGCAAAUUUUCUGGUCAGACGCUAAGCUUGGAAGAAAAGAAUGAUCCCGACGAUAUAACAACGAUUGCCACAGACCUAGCGAACUGCCUUUUCAAUCUCGCUAACGAGACGCAGAGCACCUGCGAGAUUUUGGCGGAUAAAUGCCCACAAGGAUUACAUAAUUGCGAGUCGACUGAGAGGAAAUUGAGCAAUAGUAUUACGAAGCUUUCCCUUAUGUUAAUCAAAAUUAUUUCAAAAUUUAAGGAACCCCCAAAAUUAUGCACUCUUGGCAUUUCUCAAGAACAUCUUCUCGGAAAUUUGAGACUAGCUCUGCUUACCGUUUCUAAAAUGAUGCAGUUGAUCAAGCAGUACAAAGACUCGUGA